AUGAACCAGAGGCAGUGGUGUGAACAGGUUAUGUUUGAAGAUAUGAAAAAUGAUCCCAAGGCAAACUAUGAGGCCUUGCCAAAGAGGCUGAAGAAGAAAGUUUCUUAUUCAAAAGCUUAUUCACCAAUAAGAGACAAAAGAUUAACAAUGGAACCGUCAAAAGAGUUUAUGUUCAAGUACAAAGGGUUUUACUUCGGUGUAAAUACUUCAGUCGAGCACGUAGCUUCUCUGGAGAAUUUUGAAAUCAAAGACAGUGACAUAUUUAUAGCUACUUAUCCCAAAUCAGGAACUGUGUGGACUCAGAACAUUUUGAGCUUAAUACUUCAUGAAGGCCACCGAAAUGGAACAGAAGAUAUGGAGCUCAUGGACAGAAUCCCAUGGCUGGAAUACAAUAUAAAAAAUAAGGAUUUUGCAAGUCUUCCUUUGCCUCGUGUUUUUGCCACCCACCUGCCUUACUACUUACUUCCAAGAGACCUGAGAAACAAAAGAGGACAUAUUAUUUAUGUUACCAGGAACCCCAAGGAUGUGUUGGUUUCUUACUACCACUUUUCCAAAUUCAUCACCACACUAGAGGAAGUUCCAGAUUUUAACGUUUUCAUGGAGAGGUUUUUAGCUGGCAAAGUGCUCGCCAGUUCUUGGUUCGAUCACGUUGUGGGCUGGUAUGGCCAUGCGGAGGAUUUCAAUAUACUCUUCCUUACCUAUGAAGAUAUGAAAAAGGAUCUCAGAAGUGCUGUGCUGAAGAUCUGCAACUUCCUAGGCAAGAAGCUGAGUGAAGAGGAAAUAGAAAGCGUUGUGAGACAGGCUACUUUUGAGAACAUGAAGAAAGAUCCCAGGGCAAACUACGAGAACCUGCCAGAUGACAUCGCAGACAAAAAAAAGGGUAGAUUUCUACGAAAAGGCACUGUUGGAGACUGGAAAAAUAUGAUGACAGUGGCGCAGAGUGAAAGAUUUGAUGAAGUACUUAAUGAGAAAAUUAAGACCCUGCCCAUCAAAAUCACCUGGGAUAUUAACAAUGAAAUGUAG